CUAGCCAGGGUUGGAAUAUUUUUUUAAUGAUUUUAAAAGGGUUUUAUGUCUGGAAUAAAAAAUACCAGAGGAGAUGGAAUUUGAAGAACACCACUGUGAGCAAGAUGAAGAAAAAUAUCAUAUGGAAAUGGAGUUAGAAAAUAGAUUUGGCUCUUUUAUCCAUGGUAACUGCGAACUUCAUUUUUAGAUGUUUUUAUUAAAAAUUUUCGUAAUUUACUUUAAGUGUAAAACAAAAUGUACAACCGAUAUGUGAAUAUGAAGACUCGUUGCCGUGCGCAGAUAUGUUAACCAAUUUCAGAACAAAGUAUAAAGUAGAAUGUAAAAUUGGUGAAGGUUCUUUCUCAGAAGUUCUAAAAUGCAAAGACAAACAUUCAGGUUUAAUGAUAGCUGCGAAACAGUUGAAAAAAUCCUUUCGCAGUGCAACUCAUGCAUCAGAACUGCCAGAAUUGAUCGCAAUGCGCAAACUCACAAAACAUUCCAAUAUACUCCACAUGUUAGAAUCCCAUUUUGACCCGUUGACAGGGAAAGUAACUCUGGUGUUUGAGUUAAUGGAUAUGAGUCUUUAUGAUAUGAUGAAAACUCGGAAAAGUGUACCUGAAGUUCGUGCAAAGAAUUACCUGUAUCAGAUUGUAAAAGGGGUAGAUCACAUUCAUCACCAUGGCAUCUUCCAUAGGGACAUCAAGCCAGAAAAUAUAUUAGUCAAAGGUGAUUUAUUAAAAAUUUCUGAUCUCGGCUCCAUAAAAGGGAUCUACGCUCGACAUCCUUAUACCGAAUACAUAUCCACAAGAUGGUACCGUUCCCCUGAAUGCUUACUCACAACUGGGUUUUAUGGACCCAAAAUGGAUGUUUGGGCCAUCGGAUGUGUGUUUUUUGAGCUCCUCACGCUCAAACCCUUAUUCCCAGGAUCAAGUGAACUCGACCAGAUCGCAAAGAUCAACCAUGUUUUAGGCACUCCGAGCCCAAGGCUUUUGGCAAAAUUUAGAAAGCAUAAAUGUAGGAACAGCAGUGUCUGCUUUCCAGCGAAGCAAGGCACUGGCCUGCAUCAAUUAAUGCCUUUCAUUAGUGAAACGGGGAGAGAUAUUUUCAAACAUAUGAUCGUGUAUGAUCCCGAUGUGAGGAUUAAUGUAAGACGGCUCAUGGACCAUAAAUAUUUUGCUGAAUUUAGGGAUAAUGAAAUGUUCCAAGCUCCUUCUGUUUCACAAAGUCAACAGCCAGAAAAUGGUGCAAAGGCAAAUUGGAGAAACCCUGCUCUUUUAAGUUACCUCACUUUAGAAAAACGAAGACGUCCAAAAAUUAGAAAUAAAAGAAUAAAUGCCAAACAUUCUGAGGUGGCCGAGAAGGCCUCGACUACCAGAGUGGCAAUCCAUAAGAGAGUAGCUGCUCAAAAACCGAUUUCAGACUAUUUGCCAGUGCCUCAACAGAAGGCAAACUCCAUCGCAGUCCCCCAGGCACAAGUUUCUAUUCCAGCCCCUUCACCACAACCAGUACCUCAGCCAAUGGUGCAAGAAUCACCACAGACCCAAAUAACCCAAUUAGUUCCAAGACCAAAUCAACUCAUGAUCGCGCCUCAACCACAGAAAAGGCUUUUACCGAACACUUUACAGACAAACCAGCCACAAAUUACACUACAGAAAACCAUCAAGAGAGCAAACGCCUCUGUUUCAUCCCUAACUGCUAAAAAGGGUAUGGUCGGUACUGUCAAAUUAUCUCUCCCAACGAAUAAAGUACCACAACCGGCUAUUAUGAAUCCAGCAUUGGAAAAAUUAAAAGCAAGACUUAAUGCCAAAGGAACCAGUGGAAAAUCCUUCAGACCACCAGUAAAUAAACUUGGUUUGGUUAAUAAAAACCCACAUCUUUAUGCCGACCCUAAUCCUGCAAGAUGAAAUUGCCCAUUUAUUAUAGGUUAUCAGCAGUCAAUCUAGGGCGAAACGUUGUGGGGUGAUUAUGUGAAUCGCUUCAUUCUUUAGAGAAUCUAUAGGUGACAUAUUGCCAUGAGUAUUUCUUAUUAAAAAAACCUAUGGCGAAUUUUAUUUUGUCUGGACUAGUAAACAUAAAUCAAUGGAUGGCGAAACUGCCACAUCCCCCGCAACUAGCCUACUUCUAAGAAACAGCGGUCUACCCCGCAAAGCUUUAAUGCUAACAACAAUCUGAAUAAAAUAUACUUAAUUUAUAGGAAAA